AUGCUUCAGGUUGAAAAACAAAGAACAAAAGUAGCAGAUACAAAACCGUUAGACUAUAUCUUUACAAAUGCUGGUAGGACUAUUUCAGAUGAAGAAAUUUCAUCCCGAGCAUACAGGUUUGACUAUCCAAUUCGUUGGCUUCAAAGUCCUUCAGAUGCAAAGGCAAUAGGAUUUAGAAGAGUUUUGUUUUCAAAUAGAACUAACGCAUUUAUGUUCGCAGUAUAUUUUCAUGGGCAGUAUGAAGGUCCUGAUGGUCUAAUAGACAAAUUUGACGAAAUGAGAAUCUUUACAGUUCGUUCAGACGAAAGUCUUGAGAAAACUCUAGAUGACUUUCAAACUCAAAUGAACAAAUAUUAUUGGGAAUUUCAAGAAAAAUACGACUCUUUACUAAAUGGAACAUACUAA